GGAGGUUUCGUGUAUCGCGCCCUCAGCAUGAGGUGACGAAUUAUGUGUGAUUAUUUAAAGUGGGGGCAAAUACGUGGUUAGUGUGGUACAAUAUAGUUACGCAUUUAUAAAUACGCAAACACAAUUUUGUCUGCAAUACUACUGCUAAACUCUUCAACCAAGUCAGACUAUGAGUUUAAUGAAGUUUUGUUGAAACUGGGUACUCCACAAAACUUUGCUCAUGGAAGUUUUUUGGUUGUUGAUACUCGCAGUGCAGGGUCACUGGUGUCUGCGAGACGUCACUCUCAAGGUCCCAGUCGCAGUCAGAGUAGGGGAGAGCCUCACCCUCUCAUGUGACUUCAGUCUAGAGCAAGAACGCCUUUACUCGGUCAAGUUCUACCAAGGAGACACGGAGUUCUACAGGUUCGUGCCGGGAGAGACGCCGCCCACGAGAGUUUUCGCUCUUGAUGGGAUCAAAGUCGACAUCUCCAGAUCUAACAACUCAUUAGUUACUCUCAGUGAUGUACAUAGAGACAUGACGGGAUACUACAAAUGUGAGGUCUCAGCUGAUGCUCCUCUCUUCUAUACUGAUAUGAUGCGAUACUAGAAGUGAUGUUUCAGCAAAGGUAUAAAACAUGUUUCAGAUCUCCAGAUCUAACAACUCAUUAGUUACUCUCAGUGAUGUACAUAGAGACAUGACGGGAUACUACAAAUGUGAGGUCUCAGCUGAUGCUCCUCUCUUCUAUACUGAUAUGAUGCGAUACUAGAAGUGAUGUUUCAGCAAAGGUAUAAAACAUGUUUCAGAUCUCCAGAUCUAACAACUCAUUAGUUACUCUCAGUGAUGUACAUAGAGACAUGACGGGAUACUACAAAUGUGAGGUCUCAGCUGAUGCUCCUCUCUUCUAUACUGAUAUGAUGCGAUACUAGAAGUGAUGUUUCAGCAAAGGUUUAAAACAUGUUUCAGAUCUCCAGAUCUAACAACUCAUUAGUUACUCUCAGUGAUGUACAUAGAGACAUGACGGGAUACUACAAAUGUGAGGUCUCAGCUGAUGCUCCUCUCUUCUAUACUGAUAUGAUGCGAUACUAGAAGUGAUGUUUCAGCAAAGGUAUAAAACAUGUUUCAGAUCUCCAGAUCUAACAACUCAUUAGUUACUCUCAGUGAUGUACAUAGAGACAUGACGGGAUACUACAAAUGUGAGGUCUCAGCUGAUGCUCCUCUCUUCUAUACUGAUAUGAUGCGAUACUAGAAGUGAUGUUUCAGCAAAGGUUUAAAACAUGUUUCAGAUCUCCAGAUCUAACAACUCAUUAGUUACUCUCAGUGAUGUACAUAGAGACAUGACGGGAUACUACAAAUGUGAGGUCUCAGCUGAUGCUCCUCUCUUCUAUACUGAUAUGAUGCGAUACUA